ACCGGCGCAAUCGCGGUGUUUGGGUAAUUAUGACCCUUGUCCUCGCUAAAUUGAUUUGUUGCGGGCGCAAAGUUUGUUGUGUUUUACUGGUUAUACCAACGCAUCCUGGUCUGGUAUGAGGUGCCCCGCUGUCGAAGUGUUCUGUGGCUGUGUGGCUGUUUUUAACUGAUUUAACUGCACGGUCCCGUGUGAUCCGGACGCGCUGGCAAAAGAAUUGCUGGAAAAAUGUCUUCUCGAAGAAAAGUCGCCGCACCUCGACGGCUAGGCGCACACGAGGCUGCGCGGUGCGAACAAAACGUGGGCGCGUCCCGUCUUGACAUACAUUGGAUGAGAGACGACGACUCGACCGCAGAUUCUUGGGCGUCAGGACCGGCGAAAAAACGAAAAAGAAAAGGCUGGAAACUGCUGGUGUACGAUCAACGAGAGAGCCUUCUCGAAGGCUGGGAUUAUGCACUGCAGGUCAAGCGUCAAGAUGAGCAGAGAAGCGGAGAUCGCAGCAGCCCAUUUUGUCUUGGGCAGUUGAACCUAACUGCAUGCACAAACGGCAAUAAGACUCUGGAAGAUGCCUUCAGAGGCAACAACUCGGUUUUCAUUGGGUGCAAAACUGGCCAGGCUGAUUGCUGUGUGGUUUACAGCUGCAGUGACCAGUGGCACUCUUUGGAUGCAACAUUGUGUAUUCAUGAGGAUGUGCGGCUUGUCCUGUCAAGCACAAAAUCAGCUUGUCUCACAGUGGCAGAAGUGCUGGACUCAUGUGUUGUGUUGGAAGUGUGGCUUUCACCGGCCAAUAUGCAUUGCCUGAGCCAUGCCAGUGACUCGCCACGCACCUCUGUGAACCGACAUGUGCAGAUUCUCAUUCAUCAUUUCUUUGGCAUCAGUCACGUUUCAGGGCACACAGAGAAAUUUCGAAGGCAGGACCUUGACUUGCUUUAUGCGAGGAUCGCGGCUGCCCAAUCGUCACAGCCAGAUGUGGACGCUGUUCAACAUGCGGCGUUGCGGCCAACACUGCGGCCGUAUCAAAAGCAAGUGGUCAGUUGGAUGCUGAAGCGAGAAGAGCCAGUCACUUGCACCUCGACGGAUAAUUUCCUGUACACGCCACUGGUUGACUGCUAUGGGAAACUACUUUACUACAACAAAUACGCAGGCUUCUUUGUUGAGAAGAAGAUGGACUUCAUGGCCACAUGUAGACCCGGUGGCAUCUUGGCUGACGAAAUGGGACUUGGCAAGACAGUGGAGAUGCUUGCGUGCAUCCUUCUGCACCCAAUGCCGCCCACCUCUGAUCUCACCCUGAUUGAGUGUCUCUCGGACGGUGAGGGGGAGGAGAUGGUGCAGUGCCCAAAGUGCCAUGUCUCUCACCGUGUGGCAUGCCAUCCUGGCGAGGAACAAUACCUCUGCCCACACUGCUGGGUGGACCCCACAAAGGAGAAGAUAGCCGUGAAAAGCACCCUGAUAGUGUCGCCAUCCAGCAUUAGCUUCCAGUGGCUGGAAGAGAUUGAACGGCACCAAAAGGACAAUGUGCUGCGUGUGAUGGAAUAUCGAGGAGUGCAGGACCAUGGCUUUGUCUCGCCUCUGACAUUUUCCAAGUAUGACAUUGUGCUGACCACUUAUGAGGUGCUCAAGAAGGAGCUCCACUACACCAACUUGCCACACGUCAACAGUGCCGAGAGCCGGUCGUUUCGGAAUCCCCGCAAGUUCCUGCCAACGCCCAGCCCACUAACAGCGUUGCUCUGGUGGCGCGUGUGUCUGGACGAGGCCCAGAUGGUCGAAGGAACGGCCACUAAGGCAGCUCAGAUGGCCCUCAAGCUUUCGGCAGUCAACCGGUGGUGUGUCACUGGAACACCCAUCCAGAAAAGCAUGCACGGUCAAUCCGUAUCUUGGACUUGGCGCGAGAAGGCGCGAGUGGACGAGUUCCCGCUCUGUGUGCACCUCAUCUCCAAGGAGUUCGAGCAAAUGUCAUCCGAGGCGCUGGAGGCUGGCCCCAUCUGCGCCAACAAGUACCUCGUCGAGACCUGCGGCAAAGACGCUUUCCACCUCCGAAUGAGACUUCACCCCUUCCACGUCAUCCGAAUCAAUAAAAUGUUGUCGUGCGCUGGUGCUGAUAGGCUCCAGACAGGGAUGCGUGGUGCCUUUGGCAAACCCCAGGGCGUUGUUGCCCGGGUGCACAUUGGACAGGAGAUCAUGUCGAUGCGUGCCAAGGAGCUACAUAAGGAGAAUGUGAUCGAAGCUCUGCGACGUGCCAAGUUCAAGUUCCCGAGUCGUCAGAAGGUGCACGUCUCGAAGAAGUGGGGCUUCACCGAGGGGGAUGCCGAGGAAUAUGAGGAGAUUCAUGCUGUGAUGUCUCGGCCCACUCGACUAAGACUUUUCCAGAUUGGGAUUCCACUACCGGACAGCAUCUUUCACACUCUCAACUUCUCUCCCGUGGAAGAAAUCUUCUACGAGCGGCAAGCUGAACAAUGUGCAGCAGCAUUCAGGGAACAAGUUUGCAAAUUUCCCGACCACAGCAUCAGAAUGGAACAACUGGACAGGCACUCCGUUUCACUGCUGCUGCAGCCACUGGUUCGCUUACGACAGGCCUGCUGCCAUCCACGUGCUGUGAGGGGUGCCUUCUUGCCCAUGAGGACUGACUCGUUAACCAUGGAGGAACUGUUGACAUCUCUGAUCAGAAAGGCAACAUCGGAGUGUGAAGAAGCACAUCGACGAAUGGUGUCUUCUAUGAAUGGCAUAGCCGGCAUCCACAUCAUCAGGGACGAAAGGAGGGAGGCGGCUGACAUGUACCGGGAAGUGCUCUGGUCGGUCAAGGACCACAGCAGGAACAUCAAGACAGACCGGUUGCAGCAGCUGCAUGCCCUGCACAACCUGGCCCAGCUGCUGCGAAAUGCCACAAGCUGUUCCCAAGAUGCUGAUGUGGAGGAGGGUGCCCUCAACAUAAGUUCCACUCAAGCCUCAACAGAGAAAACAACCGACUCAUCCCACCACAGGGCUUCCUACAUUCCACAGGCUCCCAGUGAUGACAAACUGCAUGAGGAGGCAGCUAAGCUACGAGAGUCGUACUUGAAUGGCUACCUGAGCACCAUUGGCUCUGCCAAGAAGCAGCUCGUGCAGACAACCGAUGCAGUUAAAGAAACAAUCAACAAGUUUUCACUGCCCAGAAGCCAGCCAUGGUGGAACGCCCUCUUGAGUGCAAGUGUUGAAAGCGGUAAAGACGAAUGGUUCAUUAGGAAGGUUAAAGAUGACCUGGAAUCAAAAAAGUCGCAUCUCAAGUCUUCAGUCAUCAGUGACCAGUUCAGCACAGUUCAUGGAUUGCAGUAUGUGAUGGGCACACAUGUGGAGCAACUGGAGGCAGCAAGGGAGGAGCUGCUUGGUGCAGUCCAGGAUCUCUCGGCCAACCCGUCGUCGCCAGUGGAGGUCUCCGCAGCUGUCGAAUGCCAUCUCAGGCCGAGCAAGAAGAAAAGAAACAAGUGCAAGUACUGCAUUGUUCAUGAGCUGUUCAACUUGUAUGAGGGCCGCUUGUUCUGCUUCUCUGAGGACACUGUACAUGAAGAGGCUCAGGACAAAGAGGACGCCUUGUUUGGCACUCUCCGGCGUGGCAACUGGGGCGACAGCAACUUGGAAAAGAUCAUCAAAAGCUUGAACAGGAGUGCAUCUUCUCUCGCUGCAGGUGACAGUGUAUUGUGCAGAGAUGGUCAAGUGCACGUCCAGCUGUUUGCUGCAUUGAAGAAAGAAUUUCGGGCGAUGCGGGCGGUGUACAUGAGCACCAGGGACUAUGUGGGAGCCCUUGACGAGCUGGAGAUGGCCACUGUUCGAUUGGAGAUGCUUAAUGGGGAAGCAGAGGAACCUUUGCCCCUCAAUGUGCUCAGGCCAUGGCAGGUACCAGAGCAGUGGGCAAACCUUCUGUGUGAAAAGGAGUUGCACCAAAAUGAUCUCAAGAAGAAACUGGGCCAGCUUUUCUACCUGAAAAACCUAGAAAAGGCUGGCAGCCACAGAGGUGAGUUCAAUCCGGAGCCGUGCCCUAUCUGCCAGAAUUCCCUGGGCCGUCGUUGGAGUGUGAUGCAGUGUGGGCACAACUUCUGUCUGGAUUGCAUCAAGAUGGUGUGCAGCUCCCUGUCGUGCGUGCGCAGUGGCAGUCUUCUGUGCGCCGUCUGCAGAAGCAGCUGUGCUCACGGAGACGUAUUCUACGUCGACACUGCCCCGCCGACCACCUCACACCCCAGAUUCUCUGUCAAGGGCAGCCACACCACAAAGAUUGGUGGCAUCAUAGAGACCAUUCUGGAAAUCAAGGCUGAUGAUCCCAGUGCGAAAGCCCUUGUGUUCUCCAGCUGGUCCACAGUGAUUGACGUCCUGAAGAAAGCAUUGGAAGCAAAUCAAGUGCCCCACAUCACUCUUAAGCCAGGACCAAAUUUCAAGAAUAAUUUAGCCCUGUUCAGGCAUGAUCCAUCAAUCAUGGUACUUGUGCUUCCACUUUCGUUGGGAGCUAAGGGCCUCAACCUGACUGAAGCCACUCAUGUGCUCCUCGUGGAACCCAUUCUCAAUCUCGGGGAUGAGCUGCAAGCCAUUGGGAGGGUUCAUCGUAUCGGGCAAACACGGAAGACUUAUAUUCAUCACUUUAUGGUCAAGAAUACUAUAGAGGAACGGAUUGCCGGCUUCUUCAGGUCAACACAGGCAUCUCAGAGCUCCUUAGAAGACCAUGCAAAGAUGACUAUCAACGAUUUGAAGAACCUAUUCAAGUGAACUUGAUAUACUUCAUUUUCAUUACGCAGCAACACGUCAUUGGUAAUGUUCAAUUUAAAAGAGCAGUUGAAAGUGUUUGGACAACUAGUUGAUUUGGAUUAAACAAGAUUGCGUUUUCUCUGUGUUUUUCAAAUAGUAGUGGCUGCUGCUUCAAGUCUUCAUUUGCAAUAAUAAUUUGCAUUUUCAUAAUCU